AUGACCAGCCAGACCCUUGCCGCCGAGACCAUCGCCGACCCCUAUUCCAACCCGGAAUCCCUUGAGAGCCGUUUCCGCCGCGCCCGUUUUGCCCGGGUCGAGGCGCUGAUCGAGCAGGCGCUCGACAACCGCAAGGCGAUCGACAUCAUCGAUCUGGGCGGGCGCGAGAUCUACUGGACCGUCGGCGCCGAGUUUCUGGCGCGCCAUCGCGGGCGCGUCAGGAUUCACCUGGUCAAUCUCGAGAGCGACUUGGUGCCGGUCAGGGAUACGGGCCUGUUCGAGGCCCAUGCCGGCGACGCCUGCGACACGCACAGCUACAAGGCAAACGCCUUCGAUCUGGUUCACUCCAACUCGGUCAUCGAACAUGUCGGCGGAUGGGACCGGAUCGGCCAGUUUGCCGACAAUGUGCGCCGCCUGGCGCCGCGCUAUUUCGUCCAGACGCCCAAUUUCUGGUUUCCGCUCGAGCCGCAUUUCCGGGUGCCGGGCUAUCAGUGGCUGCCGGCCCGCUGGCGCACGCAUCUUUUGCAGAUGCGCAGGCUCGGCUUUUACGACCGCGAGCCCGACUAUCGCAAGGCACGGUCGAUCGUCGAAGAGGUCAAGCUCCUGACGCGCCAUGACAUGGCGAAUCUGUUCCCCGAUGCGGAUAUCGCCAUGGAGCGGGUCGCCGGCCUGCCCAAGUCGAUCAUGGCCAGCCGCGCCGCAUAA